AUGCCUGUUCUGCGCCUGGCCACUGCCACCAGAACAUACACUAGCACCACCACCACCUCUCGGAUCGCUGUAAACACCGCUUCCGCCGCUUUUCAUCUCCACGCGCCUACGCCUCGAACACCCGCGCGAAUCUCGGCUGCCUCGACCGCUCGCACCUUCUGCGCCACCGCAUUCCCGCACGCCAAAUCACACCGACUCAACAAGAUGCCGCCCAAGAAGCAGGCCGUGGUGGAAAAGAUCCGUCUGGGUCGUCCGUCGAAUAACCUCAAGAUGGGUAUCGUCGGUCUGCCCAACGUCGGCAAGUCGUCGCUGUUCAACGUGAUUGCCAAGUGCGAUCUGGGCAAGUCGGCCAACUUCCCCUAUGCGACGAUCGAGCCCGAAGAGGCGCGCGUGCCCGUGCCCGACGAGCGCUUCACAUGGCUCGCCCAGCAGUACAAGCCCAAGUCAGAAGUGCCCGCCUUCCUCACCUGCAUCGACAUUGCUGGUCUCACCGCCGGUGCGUCCACGGGUGCGGGCCUGGGCAACGCCUUCUUGAGCAACGUCCGCUCCGUAGACGGCAUCUUCCAGGUCGUGCGUGCAUUCGACGACGCAGAGGUCAUCCACGUCGAGGGUGACGUCAACCCGAUCCGCGACAUGGAGAUCAUCUCGACCGAGUUGAGACUCAAGGACAUCGACUGGAUCGAAAAGGCGCUGGACAACUCCAAGAAGAACGCACGCAGCGCGGGUAACGUCAGCCUCGAAGACAAGAAGCGCAAGGAGGAGGUGGCGAUCAUCGAAAAGAUCCUCAAACACGUCCAGGAGGACAACAAGGACAUCCGCAAGGGCGACUGGACCAACAACGAGGUCGAGGUGAUCAACAAUCUGCAGCUGUUGACAGCCAAGCCGGUGAUCUACCUGGUGAACCUGUCGGAGCGCGACUAUGUGCGCAAGAAGAACAAGUGGCUCGCCAAGAUCAAGGCGUGGAUCGACGACAACAACCCGGGCGAUCUGCUCAUCCCCUUCUCGGUGGCGCUCGAGGAGCGUCUGCUGGCGCUCGGCUCGCCCGAGGCCGAGGCGGCCGAACUGGCCACUUUGGGAGACAACAUCACCGGCGCACUCGGCAAAAUCACCAAGGCCGGAUACGAUGGUCUGGACCUCGUCAGGUACUUUACCGCGGGUCCCGACGAGGUUCGUGCGUGGACCUUCCGAAAGGGGCUCAAGGCGCCCGAGGCGGCGGGUAUCAUCCACACCGACUUCCAGAAGAAGUUCGUCUGUGGCGAGGUGUUUUCCAUCGACGACAUCAAGGAGCACGGCAACGAGGCGGGUGUCAAGGCUGCCGGCAAGUACAAGCAGAUCGGCCGAGAGUACAAGGUGCAAGACGGCGACAUUUGCUACUGGAAGCAUGGCUAG